GUUCGGGUGCCCCACCUCCGCCUCCGUCCCGACCGUCACUUGUUCAACGCCGGACAAACUGCAACGUCAGUCUCUUGAGACUCCGCGCCGUGCUCAUCCGGCCUACGAACCCCAUUUCCGCAUACCCGCAAAAUUGCCGCCGGCCAUAGUGAAGAUCCGAUCGAGCGUCACACACUACUACCUACGAUGACUCCUUGACCUGCCUCUCACCCGCCUCUCAUCCCACCACAUCAUCGAAACCACCCAAACUCUCCAUCCCACAUCCCACAUCCCACAUCCCACCUUCAUCUCAACCUCACUCUUACCACUCUCACCACAACUUCAUCCUACCUCAAUAAUGUCCACAAUCCCCCAAACCCUCUGGUCCGCCCAGAUCCCCCUCCACAUAAUUCACCCCUCCGCCCCAAACACCCCGCUCGUCACCUCCCUCCCGCGCUUCUCCUACCUAGCCCUCCUCGUCCCGCGCUGCUCCGCCUUUUUCCGCCACCCCGUCUCCGCCUUCCACCACGAAGACCUCCUCCUCCGCAACCUGCCCCUCGGCCUCCUCGUCGACCUCUACCAGCCGACCUUGCCAUGGCGCCUGACCGUCAGCGACGGCGAUAGCUGGGAUAUCGGUGACACCUUCCUCAACUGCGUCAAAGAGGCAGACUUUGUCCGCUACGGCAACGCAAAACGCAUAAUGUCUCUCUCAAAAGCAGACACCUCGUCCCUCUGGAACGCAGUCCAAGACAACGACUACGCCUCCUUUUCAAAAAUAAACGCCCUCCUCCUCAACGCGCCCACCCCUCUCCGCAACAUACCCCUGCGCGUCUACAUCCCGUCGUCGCCCCCGGCCGGCACAACCACAAUCCCCACCUCCACCUCCGCCGCCGCCAUACCCCCGUCACCGACAGCACCAGCACAAGGAGACACACCAGGCCCAGGCGCCUUCAAAGUCCUCCAAACCCUCAUCCCGCCCGUCGUCCCCGGCACACGCACGCGCCAGACCCUAGGCCGCGCGCUGCAGUCUCACCUGCCCAGCCUAUUCCCCUCCAGCCGGGACCCUGUGCUCGCCAACGUCGUGCUGCACGGCUCGCCUGUGCCGUUUUCGGCGCCGUUGGAGGAUUUGAUGCGUGAGGCGGCGUAUCCGGACGGCUGGCUUUGUUUGGCUGUCGUGUUGCUGUGAGGGAUGGAGAAGGGAAGGAAAGGUGAGAGAGAGAGAGAGAGAGAGAGAGAGAGAGAGAGA